ACCGCAAUGCAUCAGUCGGAGCGUCACCGGGAGCUCCAGAACUCCGCGACCGCCUGAACGAGCCGCGCAUGAUGGCGAUUCACCGACACCGAGCACCGAUAACCGGACACACGAGCCAGAGGAGCGCCUGAGGAGCAGCACAAGGACACACACACACACACACACACACACACGUGUGUGUGUGCCGCGGGGCGUGUGCGGAGGUGGACUCAGACACAGAGGCAGUGGCGGGUCAGGGCUUCACUCUGGGCUGCAUCUCCUGUAAGAUGCGUGGAGAAGUGGAGGCCACGGCGACUGUAGACUGGCUCUUCAGGGCCCGCGGGGAGGCCGACUUCGUGCACAUCUACACAUAUGAUGGCUCGUCUGAGAACAUCAUCGAUGAGCGUUUCCUGGACCGUCUGGAGUGGCACGGCAGCAGGAACACACUGGACCUGCAGGACGCCUCUGUCGACAUCACCAACGUCACCUUCAACGACUCCGGCGUCUUCCGCUGCGUCUUCAACCGAGUGCUCAUCUACGAACACUACGAGUUCUCCAAGGUCACCAGUAAAGACGUGCACCUGACCGUGGUGGCCAAAGCCACUCGAGGCACCGCGUCGAUCGUGUCAGAGGUGAUGAUGUACGUCUCCAUCAUCGGUCUGCAGCUCUGGCUCCUGGUGGAGAUGAUCUACUGCUACAGGAAGAUCGCAGCGGCCGGAGAGGAAGCUUUAAGAGCCAGCGCGGCGGAGUAUUUAGCGAUCGCAUCUGAGAGCAAAGACAACUGUGCCGGUGUGCAGGUAGCAGAAUAACACAGGUGUUUCUUCCUGGAUCCUCCAUCCUCACCUCCUUCCUCAUGUUUUUCUAAUGGUUUCUUACCUCUCCAAUGACUGUCUGCGCAUGAUAUUUUCUGCUAUGCAUGGAUGAAUCCCUCACACGCUGCUCUGGAGCUGCACAGACCUGCUGACCGAGCGUAAACCUCCACAGACAACAUGAUCAGCACAAAACUCCACCGCGGAAAACACAAUACUCCUCCAUGAUGAGGACUCAACCACAGACAACUAGCGCCGCAGUACUCCUCCAUGAUGAACACUCCAUCUCAGAGAAUAUAAGUGCUACAAUACUCCUCCACAGAGAAAACUAGUGCCACAAUACUCCAACACCUCAAACACAAGCGCUGCAGUACUCCUCCACAUUGAAUACUCGCGGCACAUUACUCCUUCACAGGAAAUACUUGCAGUGCAGUACUCCACAGUGAAUAGUUCCGGUGCAGUACUCCACUACAAAUUCCUGUGGCGCAAAACUCCACAUCGAACACUUGCGGCGCAUUACUCCACAGCGUGUCACAAUACUCCACACUACUCUACUGUGAAUACUUACGCCACAAGACUCUUCACAGCAAAUACUAGAGCCACAAUACUCCACCAAAGUGAGUACUAGAACUGCAAAUCUCCAAAGAGAAUACUACCGGCGCUAUACUCCACAGUGAAAACUAGUUCGGCAAUACUCCCACAUCACAAACAAUACUCCACCACAGCAAACAAUACUUCGCCUCAACCAACACUAUGAAUUCUAAUGCCGUAAUACUCCACCACAGCAAACAAUACUCCUCCACUGGAAAUAAAGUACUCUAAUACUUGCAGUGCAGUACUCCACAUCAAACACUAGUGCCACAACACUCCUCCAGACUCAAUACUAGCGGCGCAAUACUCCUCCUCCACAGCAGACACGAGCGGCGCAAUACUCCCAGUUUGCACUAGAGGUCAGCCAAAAGCCGAUCUCGUCACAUAUCAGGCCAUAU